GAGAAACUUCAUCGUUACAUCGACCGACCAGCUGAGGGCGAUCUUUUGAGGUGGCAUUUAAGAACCGAUACGAUCCCCUUCACUUUUUGUUUCUUGAUUCUUUUGUAUUAUCGUCAAUCCUCAAAGACUUAACUCAACAGUCUUCCCAAACCAUACUCUUAAUACUCUUCCUCCUCCCUCGAACAAACCCUCUCCCAUCUUGGCUUCCACCCUCGCUCUACAUCUCGAACAACACACAAAUCAUGCUCACAUCAACCUUCCUCCUCAGCCUUAUCGGCCUUGCAGCGGCCUCACCGGUCCAGCCUCACAUCGUCAAGGACCCCAAAUACCCAUCACGCUUGACAUCAAAGGGCUUCAAGCUUGUCGUCAACGUCACAGAUCCUUCGUUGGACUUUGAUCCUCCCAUCCAAAACUUCGAGCUCACCGGCAUCCACACAGGAGCCGGCCUCGCCCUUCUUGGUAUCACCGAGAAGGACGGCCGCAUCUUCUACCAGAACGGCACAAAAGAGGAGCGUCAAAACGGCGAGGCUACCGUCAUCAGCGAUGGUGGUACUCCCUUGACUCCCAACGGCAUUGCUCUCGUUGCCGAUAAGAAGAACAAGAACCUCUUCGGUGCUACGCUCAACUUCGAGCCUGGUACUGCUGGUGUCCAAUUGAACCGGCUCGACGACCCCUACACCUACUUGUUACCCGAGACCUUUGUUGCUUGCAACAAGAGCAUAGAGUACUACCGCGGCCAGAAGUUCGUGGUCAUUGAGCAAGCACGCAUCACCAUCGACAAGAACAACAAGAUCCAGCGCAACAUCCCCAAGGGUUGUGCGCCCAUCCGCCUCGUUCCCCAGUGCGACAAGCUGGAGUCACUCCCCAAGGGAUCGUACUCCAGUCACAAGUACGCUCUCGACUCCAAGUGCUACAAGGAUGUCUCCGAGAUCGAGUGGAAGAAGUACAGCCCUUAGACUGAGACUUUUUAAAUUAAUGGGAAACAACGAGAUGGAUUUAAUGAUGAUGAAAGGGUAAUGAUUGCUUCUUUCUUUUGGAUAGCCUCUAUAAUUAGCAUUGGCAUUAAUAGCUCUAAUAUUAUACAACAAAUUAUCUAUAUGUCUC